AUCUAGCUAACGUUAGCUAUAGCCAUUUUACUUGGUGCAUUUGGUUGUUGUAAACCGAAGUAAAAUAAUGGUUAAGCAGAUAGGAAAGGAUUUGGAUGGGAUCAUUGGGGUGUAUGUAGUUUUGUGUCACGAGGGUGCUUGUUGCGUUGUGUAGUAAAGGUGGGGAGGUAGCACUUGGGUCUUGCUGCCGUCUGUUUACCUAGCCAACUGAAUUUGCAACACCAGCAUAUACACAUUAGGAUGUCCAUGAAGCAAGUUCAUCGGGCCUGAGCAUGGACCACCGACAAUGCUAGGGCUACCAUGGGCAGCGUCACACUGCGCUACUUCUGCUAUGGUUGCCUCUUCACCUCUGUGACCUGGUCCGCCCUGCUCUUCCUCUACUUCAGCCUGAGCCAGGACGGCGGCCGGCCCUCCUUCAGGAAUGUGCCCAUCCAGGGGCCACAGGCCAAACGCUUCCACUCGCGCUUCACCAGGAGCCCUGGAGGAGGCCAAGAGCAAGGCAUCAAGGCAGUCCCUGCAGCAAGAGGCAACAAAAAGGCCGAUCUCUCUCCGGAGAUGGGUAUGAUUUUUAAUGAGCAAGACCAGGAGGUUCGAGACAUGGGCUAUCACAAGCACGCUUUCAACGUACUCAUCAGCAAUCGACUGGGCUUCCACCGAGACCUCCCCGACACUAGGGACGACAGGUGCCGAGAUGGGAUCUAUCCUCUGUCCCUCCCCACGGCCAGCGUAGUGAUCUGCUUCUUCAACGAGGCGUUCUCCGCCCUCCUGCGCACCGUGCACAGCGUUCUAGAUCGCACGCCUGCCUACCUGUUGCAUGAGAUUAUACUGGUGGAUGACAGCAGUGAACUAGCUGACCUGAAGGGAGACCUGGACAUCUAUGUCCAGCUCAACCUCCAGGGCAAGGUCAAGGUGGUCCGCAACGAGAAGAGAGAAGGACUGAUCCGAGGGAGGAUGAUAGGGGCCUCUCAUGCCACAGGGGAGGUGCUGGUGUUCCUCGACAGCCACUGCGAGGUAAACGAGGCGUGGCUGCGGCCCCUGCUGACACCCAUCCAGCGGGACCGCAAGUCGGUGGUGUGUCCCGUCAUCGACAUAAUUAGCGCCGACACGCUGGCCUACAGCCCCUCCCCCAUCGUCCGGGGGGGCUUCAACUGGGGGCUGCACUUCAAGUGGGACCCUGUGCCCGCCUCAGAGCUCAACGGCCCCGAAGGAGCACUGGGCGCCAUCAGGUCCCCCACCAUGGCCGGUGGUCUGUUUGCCAUGGACAGGAAGUACUUUAACGAGCUGGGCCAAUACGACAGCGGCAUGGACAUCUGGGGAGGCGAGAACCUCGAGAUCUCCUUCCGGAUAUGGAUGUGUGGGGGCCAGCUCCUGAUCAUUCCCUGUUCACGGGUUGGUCAUAUAUUUCGUAAACGGCGGCCCUACGGGUCACCCGGAGGUCAGGACACCAUGGCCCACAACUCCCUGCGCUUGGCCCACGUAUGGAUGGAUGAAUACAAGGAGCAGUACUUCAACCUGAGGCCGGAGCUCCGGGAACGCGCCUACGGUGACAUCAGCGAGCGGCAGGCGGUGCGCCAACGGCUGCAGUGCCACUCUUUCAAGUGGUACCUGGACACCAUCUACCCCGAGAUGCAGGUGGCCUCAACCCACAACAAGCCUCAGCAGCCUGUGUUCGUCAACAAAGGUCUCCGCCGGCCCAAAGUUCUGGAAAGAGGCCGGCUGCGGAACCUGCAGGCUGACAAGUGUCUGGUGGCUCAGGGGAGGCCAAGCCAGAAGGGGGGUGCCGUGGUGCUGAGGGCCUGUGACACACACAACCUAGAACAGGAGUGGGCCUAUGAUGAGGAGCACGAGUUGAUCCUGACUGGCCUGCUGUGUCUGGACAUGUCCGAAAUCCGCUCGUCUGACCCGCCCCGUCUCAUGAAGUGUCACGGCUCAGGAGGCUCCCAGCAGUGGACCCUGGGGAAGAGCAACCGGCUAUAUCAAGUCUCAGUGGGCCAAUGCCUGGCCGUGGUCGACACAAUCAGCCCCAAGGGAUACGUUGCCAUGGCGAUCUGUGAUGGCUCUCAGUCCCAGCAGUGGCAGUUGGAGGGCUGAUGUUGAUACGCCGCGACUAGUAAGGUUCCAGACAUUGACUGCCCCCCUCUGGAUGGAGGGGGGAAUACUGCACGCUGCUGCUGUGACAAGGAAAGGGGGAUGGAACUAAUUAUACGGACUGUGUUCUUGGAGAAUGAAUGCUGUUUGUCUUCAUAACUGGUUCCAGCCUCCCUGAAGUGCACAGAGUGAGUACACUGUAGUCUCAACCGCAUUUGUAUGACUUCCCCUCUUGGAAAUUAGUACUCCAUUUUUUCCCCUGAGAACAAUUCCUUGUCAUAUGUGUUAGAAUGUGUCAUGCAAGUGAUAAAAAAAAAAAGAAGAAAAGAAAGUACAAUCAUGUUUAAAUGAAUUUUAUCCAAUUUGCACAGCAGUCUUGCAUUAGACAAUUAAUAUUGUGUAAGUCCCAAAAAGGUGUUAACUAAGAACUUUGGACUACCGGUAUUAGGACCCUGGUUUUAGAGUAAUUUUAUUCUGUACUUAUUACAAUCUGUUAUUAAAGUGGAAUUGGCAGCGUUUUAACUACUUUUCAGAUAUGAAACAGACAACUUCAUAAAGGUUUAUGACUGAAAAUUCCAUGACGUACAGUAAGCCAUUGUUGGCAGAAUAGCUGGAUGCAGUUCAAUAUAAUUCACCAAUACCAGAAAUAUUGCAAAUAUUGCACAGCUGGCCUACUACACUAUAGUUUGCUGCAUCCACCCAAUCAGGAUGCACUGUUUUAGUUUCAAUGACUCAAUAUUUUGGACAAAAAUAACUAAGGCUGGGAAUGUCAAUACAAUCAAACUAGCAAUGAUCA